CGCUGUUUUAAUUCGUUUAUUUUUCGAUCAUUGUGCGGCGUCAUAUUGGUAUGUGUGAUACCCUAUGAGCUGUCAUGUUAAAAUUUUUAUCACCCAAACAAGUGCACCCCGGAUGGGAUAAUAAUAGCAUUGCCCGCUGUUAGUCGCUGCUGAUAAGCAGAAAUCUGGCUCCAGCAGAGCCACUCAAAACCUCCAGCAGAUUGUUCGAGUAAUGGAGAAUCAAAAAGUAGUCACGGUGCGUGGUCCAGUUCCUCCGGCUACGUUGGGAUACACUUUGACGCACGAGCACUUUUCGUUGGAUUUCAGCAAUUUUUAUUCGUCCGCUCCGCUGGAGUUGGAAGCGUAUGUCAGCAGUAAAAUUACGCUGCAAAAUGUGGGCUACAUACGGCAGUAUCCGUACAGCUGCAAGUAUAACAUUAAUUUCGAAGAUGAUGAUACUCACGAAGCGGUCAUGAAGGAUGUGAUGAGCUUUAAAAAGUUCGGAGGAGGUUCGAUUGUGGAAAAUACGUCGCAUGGAUUGAAUCGAGACCUGCAGCUUAUGUUAAAGGUUUCGGAAGCAACCGGCGUGAAUGUUGUGGCAGGAACGGGUCAUUACGUGCACGGUGUGCAACCGGAAUCGGUCCUCAGUAUGACUAUCGAGGAGAUGUCCGAUCUGUACACGAAGGAGAUUCUGUUCGGAGUACCGGUUCGAGGCAUUGGCAGCGGAACGGAAACUGUAAAUUGUGGUGUCAUCGGAGAGGUGGGCAGCAGUUGGCCAAUAACUGCGUUCGAGCGAAAAGCCAUUCAAGCGACGGCAGAAACUCAAAGUGUCCUCAACUGUCCGGUCACGUUCCAUCCGGGUCGUGAGCGAGAUGCACCGUUUGAAAUCGUUCGUGUCUACCUGGAAGCUGGCGGAAAGGCUGAUAAAUGCGUUAUGAGCCAUUUAGAUAGGACUAUUCUUGACGGGGGAGAUCUCCUGGAGUUUGCUAAGCUAGGAACAUACUGUCAAUUCGAUUUGUUCGGCACUGAGUGUUCCUACUAUCAGCUGAAUCCAACGAGCCCCAUGCAAUCGGACGAGCAACGUAUACAGCACAUAUUGAAUCUACAGCAGGAGGGAUUUGAAAAUCGAAUUUUAAUGUCCCACGACGUCCAUACCAAACAUCGAUUGACCUCUUUCGGUGGGCACGGCUACAGUCAUAUACUGACCAAUGUACUGAUGCGUUUGACGUUGAAAGGCCUGGAUCAAAAGACGAUUGAUACUAUCACUGUUAAGAACCCGGCUAGGUGGUUGGCAAUGCCAAAAUAACUUAAGUAUAAUAGUGAUGAAUUAACUUUGAUCAACUGUAUCGUAAUUUUAAGAAUUAAUAAAAAUGAAAAACUUU